CAACACACAAUCCCCUGCAACUGCAAGUCGUCUUCUUCCCCAAGCCUAAAACCAACAACAGUUUGGCAGAUCGCCCGGCUCGAUCGAUCGCAGCCAUGGUGCUCUCCAAGGCCGUCUCCGAGAGUGACAUGUCCGUGCACUCCACGUUCGCGUCGCGCUACGUCCGCUCGUCUCUCCCAAGGUACCGCAUGCCGGAGAACUCCAUCCCCAAGGAGGCGGCGUACCAGAUCAUCAACGACGAGCUCAUGCUCGACGGGAACCCGCGCCUCAACCUGGCGUCCUUCGUCACCACCUGGAUGGAGCCCGAGUGCGACAAGCUCAUCAUGGCCGCCAUCAACAAGAACUACGUCGACAUGGACGAGUACCCCGUCACCACCGAGCUCCAGAACCGGUGCGUGAACAUGAUCGCGCAUCUCUUCAACGCGCCGUUGGGCGAGUCCGAGACGGCGGUGGGCGUCGGCACGGUGGGCUCGUCGGAGGCCAUCAUGCUUGCCGGGCUGGCCUUCAAGCGCAGGUGGCAGAACAAGCGCAGGGCCGAGGGCAAGCCGUUCGACAAGCCCAACAUUGUCACCGGCGCCAACGUCCAGGUUUGCUGGGAGAAGUUCGCGAGGUACUUCGAGGUGGAGCUCAGGGAGGUGAAGCUGCGCGACGGCUACUACGUGAUGGACCCCGAGAAGGCGGUGGAGAUGGUGGACGAGAACACCAUCUGCGUCGCCGCGAUCCUGGGCUCCACGCUCAACGGCGAGUUCGAGGACGUGAAGCUGCUCAACGACCUGCUCCAAGCCAAGAACAGGGAGACCCGGUGGGAGACGCCCAUCCACGUGGACGCGGCGAGCGGCGGCUUCAUCGCGCCCUUCCUGUACCCGGACCUGGAGUGGGACUUCCGCCUGCCGCUGGUCAAGAGCAUCAACGUCAGCGGCCACAAGUACGGCCUCGUCUACGCCGGCAUCGGCUGGUGCAUCUGGCGCAGCAAGGAGGACCUGCCGGAGGAACUCAUCUUCCACAUCAACUACCUCGGCGCCGACCAGCCCACGUUCACGCUCAACUUCUCCAAGGGCUCCAGCCAAGUCAUCGCGCAGUACUACCAGCUCAUCCGCCACGGCUUCGAGGGGUACAGGAACAUCAUGGAGAACUGCCACGAGAACGCCAUGGUGCUCAAGGAGGGCCUGGAGAAGACGGGCCGCUUCGACAUCGUGUCCAAGGACGAAGGCGUCCCGCUGGUGGCCUUCUCCCUCAAGGACCGCAGCCGGCACGACGAGUUCGAGAUCUCGGACAUGCUGCGCCGCUUCGGCUGGAUCGUGCCGGCAUACACCAUGCCCCCCGACGCGCAGCACGUCACGGUGCUCCGCGUCGUCAUCCGGGAGGAGUUCAGCCGCACCCUCGCCGAGCGCCUCGUUCUCGACAUCGAGAAGGUGAUGUACCAGCUGGACGCGCUCCCGUCCAGGCUCCCGCCCCCUCCCCCGGCGGCGCCGCUGCUCAGGAAAAAGACGGAGCUGGAGACGCAGAGGUCGGUCACGGAGGCGUGGAAGAAGUUUGUGCUCGCCAAGAAGACCAACGGCGUCUGCUAGUGACGCUUCCACCGCUACACACAACACUACCAUGGUCAACGGGCCUUCUUCCGUGCUGAUUUGAGUGAGCACCGCGAUAUCUAGGUAGUCUAAUAUGCUUCGUGUCUUUCCGUAAUUUGUGCAUGCAGUUGCUAUGCACCGAGUGAGUUGCUAUAUAUGUUCGAUAGCAACAGUUUUUUUCUCCCCAAUGCAAGGAAGAGAGUAAUAGUUGAGGCUGGUGUCGAUUAUUGUUAUCC